AUGAUUAGAGGCAAAUCAAUAUCCCUUAAAGUCAUUUCAGACAAGCUUAUCCAACUAGUACCCGAAUUAUUAUUACUUCAAGUGUUUUAUUCCAUUUUUAAAUUUUACGUUCAGUAUUUCACAUAUUUAUACAUCAAAUUAAACAACUUCCUCGUGACCAUCACUAACAGGUUCAUUAAUAAGCUGAUCAGCAUCAAAUCAAAUUUGAUUCCCUCAUUGACAUCAAUCUACAAAAGAGAAGGUACUUUAUCUGAUGUUUGGUUUGCGUGUAAUUUAAUUACCAUUGUUUGUGGAAGCAUUUGGUUUUAUUUGCAAUGGCAAAACAAUUACAAAAGAUUCUAUGCUUAUGAUAUCACUACAUGGACGGCCCUAAUUGGAUACUUUACCACUUCAAUAUCUCAACUCAAUUCCAUUUUCAAGAAGUCACAGCCAAAGAUGGCAUGGUCAAAGCCUAGCAAUUCAGUUGUUGCGUUCUUGAAAUCAGAAACGACAUUCAUGUUAAUCAUUACCGAGCUAAUCCUUGAAUCCACAACAAAUUCAUACAAGAUAGCUUUCUUGGUAUUUCAUUCUGUGCUUAUGCUAUUGGGACUAAUAGAAUGUUCACACAAUAAGGCACCUGUCUCGUUCAUAGCUCCUUUAAAAGGACUACUUUUGUUUUCAUUUUGCAUGGUUGAGAUUUUAGUAAUGGGUGUAUUUUGGCUUGAGACCUUAAAACAUGGCUUUGACAAAGCUUUAUUGUUCACUGUGUGUUAUUCAUUAAGAUGGGAAGAUUCAAGAACGAAUCAAAUAGCCAAAAAUAUAAAGUCUUAUAUUCGUCAACUUCGCCAAAACAAGUUAAAUGAAAGUCAGCCAUUACAAGCUCCAGUUCCAAUUGAGAAAUCGGCUAUUCAGGAAUUCAAAAGAUUGACUUCGUUUGGAUUUGAUACUUUUAGUAUUAUUAGUGACAUUCAUUGAUGGUUAACGUCUUUAUAACCUAUCAAGUCUAUUUAUUUGUAUAUUUUAACCAAUAAUCUAUUGCUAAAUUAAUUAUUACUUAAAUCCUGUUUCAUUUCUUGUAAUCUAUCCCAACCAGGUGAAUCUUCCCACAUAUCCUUACCUUUAGACAUCAAUGAUCUAACCGUAGUUCUUGCCUUAUAUUUCCAAUCCUUACAGACCAAAUCAUCGGCACCAUGUCUACCAGGCAAUUCCCCAAGCGAUUCAUACGCACUAACCAAGUCAGCACAUGCAUCCACCACUUCAUUCCAGACUGAUUCAUUCGAUUCUAAUUCAGGAUUGUGCAUGACAGCACGAUAUGCUCUUUCGUGACACUCCAAGGCUUCCCAUGGACGUCUUCUCCAUAAUUCAACCCUGGCGACAAUUCUCCAACAUCUAGCAGAUGCAGUGAUAACUUUUGGUAAAAUAUUACAAAUUAAAUCAAUACAUGAACUUUGAUAAUGAGUUAAUCUGGCGUUAGGGUCAAAUUCAGACGAGACAAGAAUUUCCACCAAUUUUUCCAUGACAGGAAUAUCGAUGGCGGCAUCACCUUCACCCUUUUUAAUAUCAAUCAUUUCUCGAGCGGCAAUCAAUACAUCGUUCCAUUCGUGUAAUUUUGCAGCCACUAUCAUAUAAUUUUCGUAAAUUCUCCAUGAUUUUCUAUUUUCUCCACUACAUCUAACUGCACGUUGCAAUGCAUUAAAUGCCGGUUUGGUUUUAUCGAGUUUUAAUAAAGCACUAGCUAAAUUCGACCAAGCGUAUGAAUUAGUAUCGUCCAAUGCAACACAUCUGGUGAAUGCUUCCGACGCUAAUUCAAAUUGUUGAGAUUCUAAUCCACAGCAUCCAUAAAAGAACCAAUUUUCAUAACUUAAUGGGUACGCAGAAAGAGAAUCAUGCAUGUGUUGAAUGGACAAAUCAAUGUUACGGGGAAUUCCCGCGCUUGCUGGUGGAUCAUGGUAGUAUUUGGAUAAUGAUGCCUUUGCUUUGGCGUAUCUGCCAAUCUCCCAAGCCAUCAACCAUAAUUCUGGAUCUUGCUUUAUAUCACCAAGAAUUGAGAUUGCACGAGCAUCAUCUGGAUGGGUUUUGAUUCUUUCAAUCAAGAUUCUUUCAGCUUCAGCCUCGUUGUUUACAGCAGCAUAACAUAAAGCAGCUUCAACUGGUAAUUGUAAUCUUUCAUAAAUAUCAAGAGCGGAUUUCAAAAUACCAAGAGACAUAUACUUUUCAGCAAGUUUAACAUCCAUAGACCAUUGGGGUAAUAAUGGCAAUUGAUGAAUAAAUCUUAAUCUUUGGGCAGUAAUGGCAUUUGGAUCGUCAGUCAUUGCUUCAGGAAUCAUUUUGGUUUUAAUCUUAAGACCAAUUUCUUCAAUUAACGAAGUCAUUUGUAAUAUACCUCUUUCUACAGUUCUUGAUUUUUCAGUUUCUAACAAAGAUCUUUCCCAAAGUGCUCGUGAGAAAAUCAACCAGUUGACAUUGCCUUCAGUAGAAUACAAUACUCUACUUACCAAUGCCAUUAAUUCUUCUUCAACUAAAGGAUCUUUAGCUGGUGACGUUUGUUUCAACACUGUUAAUCUUAAUAAUAAUUGCAAGUUGUCAAUAUUGCUCAAACCAGGUUGGUUGUUUGGAUCAAGUGAUUUUAAAUCGGCAGGAAUAUCAUCCUGUCUAAUAGCUAUAG